GUCAAACUCAACAACCAGGCUUCCCUUCCACAAAAGUCUUCCUCCACGUCGAUUCCAGCCUACCAAAGUCGACACCAUGACUGACCAUGAGUUUCACCUUUUCUCUCGCCUCCCCUGCGAGCUUCGUCUCUUGAUAUGGGAGCGAUAUCUCUCAGACUAUCAGGACAGCUGCGGCGUUCUCUGGGAUCUCAAAUGGGGAGUUGAUGACUCUCCGGCCUCCAGAGCCGCUAUACGCCAGCGCUUCGGUGAAGAGAGCGAGGGGCACAUUCCCAUUCGCCCCUUUAUAGAUCUUGGGUGUCAACACGAAGAUUUGGUCCUGACAAGCAAAUUCUUCGAAGUCAACUGUAACCCACUGCUCAAGGUCAACAUCGAGGCCCGAAAAGCCGCUACGGCUAACGACCGCUACGUCUCCGUGCCUGUUUGGAGCCGUGACAUCAAUAUCAUUGUUCGUCCUGCGCUGGACCUCUUCCGCAUCGAGGGCGCCCUCGUUGAGCUUUUCCUUUGGCCAGACGUUGCUGGGGACAUACCCCAGCCUCCCAGGUCUCUUGACGAUAUCGUCGUCAAAUCACUCGUCCUCAUCCACCCUCCCACCUUCGCCCGUCGGGGUUCUCAUAUCACCCCGACGGCUCUUCGCCGACACCCUUGAGUUUCUCAGGAACACAUGGGACUCGCAGCUCGGGUGGACCACCGCUGCG